UGCCGCGGCAUUUGUGAUUAGCACACUCAAUUGAACAUGUUUGAUUCAUAGUAUAAUUUCUCUUCUUCGUUGUUUUUCCCUAUUUGUUAGACGAAACCCUUUCCGAGGACCGCAGGGCCAGUGAGGGAAGAAGAUACUCGCUCAAGCCGGAAACUCAUCAACACUCUAACGAGUCUGAGCAACGAAAAACACUUUGUAUGAAGCCGGGCUUGAGACGGCGGCUCCUCGAGAAGAAAGGAUAGUGAGCAGUAUCAGAAGAGAGCAAAGGAAAAGAGAGAGGGAAAAAAUGCCCCGCCCGCGCAUCCUCUUCCUCGACGCCCACGACUCCUUCUCCAACAACAUCACCUCGCUGCUCACCACCCUCCUGGACGCCGAUGUCUCCGUCCUGACCAUCGACGACCCUGCCCUCCUCGUGCCGCCGCUGUCCACCCAUUCUCACCCCCUCCACCCCUCCCAAGAAGUUCAAAAUCAGAAUGGCGAAGACGAAGCCGCCCUCCGCGCCCGCUUCACCGCCGAGCUGCGCCGCUACGACGCCCUCGUGUGCGGGCCGGGCCCCGGCAGCCCGGACAACCCGGCCGACGUCGGCGUGAUGCGCUUCGUGUGGCAGCUCGCCGACGACGACCGCGAAGAAAUCCUGCCCGUGCUGGGCGUGUGUCUGGGCUUCCAGAGCCUGGUGCGCGCGCACGGCGGGCGGGUCGGCAGGCUUGCGCGUGGCCUGCACGGCAUGGUCAGGGAGAUUGUGCACCGCGGCGCGGCUGCGGGGGCCGGUGAGGGAGGGGAUGUUUUUGAGGGGGUCGGCCGGUUCAGGGCGACGCUUUAUCAUAGUCUGUGUGGGGAUGUUGGGCAGGCGGAGGUCGGGGACGAGCGGGAGUGGGAGGCGGCGAGGUGGCGGCCGUUCGCGAGGUGUCCUGAUCUGGUGCCGCUUGCGUGGGUGGAGGAGGAGCGGGAGGGCCGGGCGAAGGAGAGGAUCCUGAUGGCUGUUAAGCACAGGACGAAGCCGUUCUGGGGCGUGCAGUAUCACCCGGAGUCGGUCUGCACUGAGGAGGAGGGGAAUAAAGUCAUUGUGAACUGGUUCCGAGAGGCGCAGAGGUGGAACGCGCAGAGAGGGAGAGUCGCUGUGACGGAAGGGAUUGGGCUGGCCCGAGCAGCGACGAAGCCGAGUUUGUUGUCGCAGCUUGCUGGCGGAGCGGCUGAACACGACGGCCCCCGGCAGUGGUGGGAGGAGUUCGAGGCGAACCCGGCGCUGCAGUCUCUUACGGUGCCGCUGCCGCCCGGCGUGCAGGUUCCGGAUAUCGUGGAGGCUGUCGGCGCCGAGUGCUUAGAGCAAAUCGUGCUUGACUCGGCGAACGCAGCCCCCGCGACGUCUAGGGCUGAUGUGCGUGGACGGUACAGCAUCAUUGCGGCCGGGUUGGACGAGGCUCUGCGUGUCGAGCACCACGUCGGCGAUUCCUAUGUCACCGUCAAAGUUGGAGGUCUCGGGCGUCCGUCUAUGCACUCGUCAGACAAGAUCCCGCUUGCGCAGUACGGCAGCGUAUGGGGUCUGAUCGCGGCGUUUCACGAGGCGCGGCGUUUGGAGGCCGCAGAGCCAGCGUACUCCCCCUUCGUCGGCGGCUUCAUAGGCUACAUCACAUACGAGCAAGGCUUGAGCGAUAUUGGCGUCUUCCUGGAGCAACCACGUGCGCAUCGGCGGCCUGAUAUUUGCCUUGUCUGGGUCACCAAAAGCAUUGUCGUCGACCAUCUGCAGGGGUUGGUCCAUGUCCAGCACCUCAGUUCCAACUUCUCACACGUCGGUGACCGCUGGGUGGAGAAGACGGCGGACAAGCUGCGGUCGCUGCAGAACCCUCGACGUCGACCGUCUUUUGCCUUGCCAGACGAAGCGUUGAAAGCCCAGUCCCCCAAGGCACGGCGUCCUUCACGAAGUGGUUCGAUCCAGACACCUCAAACAAAGGAGUACGAAGCCAAAGUCCGAAUAUGCCAAGAAUACAUCGCAGCCGGCGAGUCCUACGAGCUCUGCCUAACCGAUCAGACGACGCUCACCCGCCCCUUGAGCGCUCAGGCGCCUCGCACCGACACCAUCACCCCCCUCUCUCCCUCGCGGAAGCAACAGCAGCGUCGCUAUUCCAACUGCCCUGGCCCCCUGCUCUCCUCGUCGUCCUGGGCCCUCUUCAAACGGCUCCGCACGCACCAGCCGGCGCCCUUCGCAUCGUACCUCCGCCUCGGCGGCGCGACCCUCGUCAGCGCGUCGCCGGAGCGCUUCCUGACCUACGACCGCGCCGGGCGCUGCUCGAUGCGGCCGAUGAAGGGCACGGUGCGCAAGUCGGAGCGCGUGGCGACGCUCGCGCAGGCCGAGCGCAUCCUGCACGUGCCCAAGGAGGAGGCCGAGAACCUGAUGAUCGUCGACCUGGUCCGGCACGACCUGCACGGCGUGUGCGGCGCCGGCAACGUGACCGUGCCCCACCUGCUCAAGGUCGAGGAGUACCAGAGCGUGUUCCAGAUGAUCACCGUCGUCGAGGGCCAGCUGCCUGCGCGUGCUCGGGGUGAAGACGCCUCGUCUUCGUACACGGGCCUGGACGUCCUCGCCGCUAGCCUGCCGCCGGGCAGCAUGACGGGCGCGCCGAAGAAGCGGAGUUGCGAGAUCCUGAGGGAGAUUGAAGGCCAUCAGGAGAGGGGACUCUACUCGGGUGUGGUGGGGUACAUGUGCGCGACGGGGCGGGGCGACUGGAGCGUGACGAUCCGGAGUCUGUUCCGGUGGGAUGAUGAGCAGGUGGUUGUCAACGGCGAUGACGGGCCUGAGAAGCGCGAGGUGUGGCGGAUUGGGGCUGGAGGCGCCGUCACCAUUUUGAGUACCCCAGAGGGCGAGAGGGAGGAGAUGUUCACGAAGCUUGCCGGGCCGCUGCGGGUGUUUGGAGAGCAGGCGUGCUGGUAGUCGAAUCUGGGUUUGGCGUUGCGUUUCAAGGGGCUGGAACCUCUCAUCAGGGAUCUAGAUGCGGGCGAGGUGGGAUAGACAGGAGGAGGAUGGAUACUCAACGUGUCUGGGAACCAUAUCAAAAGCGAUGGCGUUCUGACGGGUUUAGACAUUUGAAGGCUCAACGGCGGCAUUCUGGGAUACAAGGCUUUAACGCGUUGUACAAUAACCGGUCAAGAACUUUGACAUAUGGGGUUGGAAUAACAAUGUGAAAUGUCUCUCCAUGCCGUUAAGCCUGCCCCU